UUUAUGUGACAAUUCGUCGGGCAAGCGGACGACAGCUGAAACAAUAAAACGGUAAAAGCUUUAUGCCGACGGCUACACAACAAGAAAGCAAAAAAAACACAGUAAAAAUAAUAAUAAAUUCGCAGCGUUAAAAUUAAUUUGGGACAAAUUAAUUUGCCUAACGGAACUACUCAAUUAACACUGGAAAAAAUGAAUAAUUAAACGACGCGCGUGCAAUAAAAAUUAUUGAAAGAAAUUAACAAAAGAAUUAUGCACACAAAUUUGUAGCGUUUGUCAACACUUGUUCUGUUUUAUAUGCAUUUGAUAACACUCAUUAAAUUUUAAUUAAUUGCUCGAUUAAACGAUCGUCAUGUUUGCGCAGUCGCAGCGAGUUUGAUAAGCAACAACAACAAAAACAGCAACACUUGGAAUAUGUUGUAUAAUGUGCCGUGCUAUCAAAACUUUUCAACACUGGAUUACUACAAGGUUAAGCGUCCCAAAACAGAGCACACGGAUACACAUGAACGCAAUCGUCUCUGCCAAAGCCAACAACUGCAACAGCAACAACAACAGCAACAACAGCAGCAGCAGCAACAGCAACAACAACAUCAGCAACAACAACAGCAGCAGCAACAAGCCCACUCAAACGCCGUGUUGGCCACCAGCAAUGGGCCCAGCAGUGCCGGCGCCAGCGUGGGCGUUGGCAUUAGCGUGGGCGUGGGCGUGGGCGUGGCGGGUCAAUGCAGUCCCCUAGGCAUUCUGCCGCCUCAAAUCCAGCCGCUGCAGCCAACGAUUGGGCACUACGCCAGCAACAACAGCAACAGCAACACCAGCAACAACAACAACAACAACAAUAGCAACAGCAACAGCAACAGCAACAACAAUCCAAAUCCAAAUCCAAAUCCAAAUCCAAACCCGAGCAGCUGCAGUCUGGCCUCCAGCUUUGCUCAAUCGGCCAGCAGCAGCUUCUCCACAUAUCAGCAGCCCAGCAGCGAGGAGGUGGGCGUGGUGGGCAUGUCCCACUGGACGCACGAAUCAGCGCCCGUCAAGUCCGAGUCGCGCAGUCCGAAUCAGCUGCAUACGCUGGACAAUGGACAGUCGGCUGCCGCGGCUGCUGCGGCAGCAGCUGCUGCUGCCAAUCUCUACGGCUGCGCCGAGAGCAGCGCAGCAGCAGCGGCGGCUGCAGUGAACAGCUCAGCGGCAGCAGCCGCCGCAGCCGCUGUCUACGACAGCAAGCACGACUACUACUACUACAACAGCAUGCAGCAGUACACGCCGCCGCCUUUCUACUCCGGCUACGGCACGCCGUAUGCGGCGGCAACCACAGCAGCGGCAGCUGCGCGCAGCGCCAAAAUGGAGCCGAGUGCAGCGGCAGCAGCAGCAGCCGCGGCCUAUCUGACGCCCAGCUAUGCGAGCGCUGGCAACGGCGGCCAGGCCAACAACAAUGCGCAGCUUUAUAGCAAUCCGUAUGCGGGCUACAACAACUUCGGGCAGCAGGAUUACGGGGGGUACUACAACGAGCAGUAUGGCAAUUAUUAUAACCCGGCCAACUACUCGCCGUAUGCGGUCAGCUCGCCCAGCUCGAGUGCCAGUCAUGGGUUCCAUGUGGCCACUGCCUCGUCGAAUCUGUCCGAGAGUCCGACUGAUACGCACUCAACGACGCCUGUGCAUGUGGCCAAUCAGUCGCCGCACUCCCCGCUGCCUAUCUCAAUGUCGCCCAAUGCGGGCGUGGGCAUUGGAGUGGGCGUGGUCGGCGGUGCGUCUGCUGCAGCAGCUGCAACGCUCAACUCCAGCGGCGGCAGCAGUGUCGGCUCCACAUCCGCAUCCAAAUCCACGCCCACUGGCAAAACAGGGCGAGCGCGUGGUCGGCGUCAUCAGCAGCCAAGUCCGACACGCAGCACCGCCUCGGAUACGGGCAACAGCGAAGCAGUGAAGCCGCCGGAGCGUGUGUUCAUCUGGGAUUUGGAUGAAACGCUGAUCAUCUUUCACACCCUGCUCUCGGGCAGCUACGCGAACCGCUACACCAAAGACCACAGCACACUGAUGACUAUUGCGUUCCGCAUGGAGGAGAUGGUGUUCAACAUGGCCGACACGCAUUUCUUUUUCAACGAGAUCGAGGAGUGCGACCAAGUGCACAUCGACGAUGUUAGCUCCGAUGACAAUGGCCAGGACUUGAGUAGCUACAACUUUGCCACAGACGGCUUCCACACUGGGACCCCGCCCGGUGCUCCGCCCAAUCUCUGCCUGCCCACCGGCGUGCGCGGCGGCGUCGAUUGGAUGCGCAAGCUGGCCUUUCGCUACCGCAAGAUCAAAGACAUCUACAACAGCUACAGGGGCAACGUGGGCACCCUUUUGGGCCCUGGGAAGCGUGAUGCUUGGCUGCAGAUACGCUCGGAGAUCGAGGUGGCCACCGAUAACUGGGCCACGCUUUCACUCAAGUGUCUCAGCAUGAUUGCCCAGCGCGAGAACUGCAUCAAUGUUCUGGUCACCUCCACGCAGCUGGCGCCGGCGCUGGCCAAGGUUUUGCUCUUUAACCUGGGCAGCAUAUUCAACAUUGAGAACAUCUACAGUGCACACAAGAUCGGCCAGGAGACCUGCUAUGAGCGCAUUGUCACGCGUUUCGGAAGAAAGAGCACCUACGUGGUCAUUGGGGAUGGCGCCGAGGAGGAGUCUGCCGCCAAAGCUAUGAACUUUCCCUUCUGGCGCAUCUCCGCUCACAGCGAUAUACGUGCUCUUUACACGGCCCUCGACAUGGGCUUCUUAUGAAAGGCUUAUGGCGUUUGCAAACGCGCACAAAUCGCUAGCGUUUCGCGUGCGUUUCUCGUGCAGUUUUGAGUACAAAAAAAAAGAAAACAAAAAGAAAAUGGAAAGAAAGUACUUUAAUUUAUUUAUGUAUAUGUGUGUGAGACAAAACUGUAAACCAGCGCAAAAUAAUUUAAUUAUUUUGUUAACAAACCAAUUAUUCAUUAAUGCCAAGACUUUUUAUUGUAUUAUAU